ACAGUCACUGUCCACGCACUCGAGCUUCACUAUUUUUUUUUACAAAGCAGUUGUUGCUCCAUGCUGUAUUCAAAGCGCACAACAUAGUCUGUGGAUCUUGCCACCCAAUUGGAGCAUUUCAACAGUAUUGUCGGAUAGAUGUAAUAAGGUUUCCAGAAAUGUCUACAGCGGACAACAGGCGGAAAGAAGCCAGGGAACGGGCAGAGCGUCUUGUUCAGGCUUAUCAUCAUCGUUUGGCAGUAGGUUGUGGCUCGGUAGAUUGCGAGAAUGAGAAUUGUCGGUCAUCACCACACUUUCGUUCAGUUUCCAGUUCUGAACUACCGAAAUUAGCAGUGGAAUUAGCCAGGAGAAAAGCUCAUUUGUGUUCCCAGCUCAGCGGUGCUAGUAGUAGUAGUAGUACCAGUACUUACUGUAGCACUACGAGCGACUCUGUGUCUGAAACAUGUGAUCAACCUGUCGCCAGUGCUGCCUCGAAGGAUGAUGUGCCCGAACCUAUGGACGUGGGCUUUCCCGAUGAUGACGAAAGUUCAGAUCAUGCCUGUGUAGUCGUAGAUGGAAGUCUCGCUCGGCAGGGGGAACAGCAGGAGGAUGAAUCUCCCGCCGCUGCAGAUGCGGAGUCUUCAUCAGAACAACCGCAAGCUUCGCGGAUUUCACCCCGAGCUCUGGAGACUGAUGAAGUGCAGAGCCUGGCAGCUGCUUAUCGCGAGUCCGGCGAUGCUAAGCAUCUGCAUGGCCGGCUGUUUGAGGCCUUCUCGUCCUGGCAAAUCCUAUGUACUAGCUUCCGCAAGCCAGCCACGGGGCAACAUCUGGUACAGCCAGAGCAGUCACCUAUGACCCAGGGUGAGAGCAGUGAUCAACCUAUGGAGAUGGAUGAGCGUCGGCCACAAGAUCACCUUGUGGCAGGCUCAUCCAAGGUGUCAGUGUCGAUGAGUUCCGUCCGCUCAGCGUUCAGCAUACUGAAUGGUCUGGAUGAACACUCGGACGUCAGUGGUGUUAUUGCCACCUCUCUCGAUAACUUGUUUGCAGAUUUCCGGGUGAAGUGCCAGUACGACUUCUUAGAGCGUCUAGUUGAUGUAGACCCAACAUCGCUUCUUGAUCUCACAGUCAUCUUGUUAGAACUGCCAUGGCUAAUGGAGCCCUGUUUCCUAGAGGAAACCUUGCCGAAGAUUGUCCAGUUUUGCUCCGACCUGCCAACUGUGUUCAGGAUGGAACUAGCCCGGCACAUGUCUUGUUACAGCGAGGAGCAACUUGAGACCAUCGUGUCAGCCAUUCAGCAGUUUGUGGCCUUCCACAUUGCCAUGCUUGACGUCACCGAGGAUGAGUUUGUGCCCGACCAUCCGAUAAAACACGCAAUCAUCACCCUGGAGGUGUUGUAUGCUGCAGCUGUCCUUGGCGGGGAACAGCGACAGCGUGGUGCGGAAAGGGCUGAAGCAGCAGCGGCGGCGACGGCGGAUGCAGCGCCAUCCAGUCUCGGGCAUGAUUGGCCAGCGAACCUCGGUAGUUACCUGACAUUCGUAUCGGCCGAGGAGAAAGCACAGAGUGGCAAUGCAAGGGAAAGGAGCCUCAUGGCGAGACUGGUCACAGAGCAGCAUGACUGUAAGAAGCCGUUAGUGCCAUUUUCCUCCUUUGUGAGUGAGCCACUGAACAGUGUCUUGGACCAGCAUAUGGACUACAUCCACUUCAGGCACCACACCUUUCGCUUCUCUGUCAUGCGCUACCCAUUCCUGCUGUCACUCGAGUACAAGGCCUCCAUCCUGAAGGUGGACUGCCGGCUACGCCAGCGCCUGGAGCGUGGCAUCUUUCAGCUAGGCAACAUGCUGUACAUCACGCCGUACCUAAAGCUUCAAGUACGACGUGAGCACAUCAUGCAAGAUGCUCUUGUGCAGCUUGAGAUUGCGGCCAGUGAUGAUGCAGAGAGUCUCAAGAAGCAGCUGUACGUGGAGUUUGAAGGUGAACAGGGUGUUGAUGAAGGUGGCGUGCAGAAAGAGUUCUUCCAGAUCCUAAUAGAGCAGCUCUUCAAUGCAGACUUCGGAAUGUUCACCUACGAGGAGACAACGCGCCUGUUCUGGUUCAACCCGGUGUCUUUUGAGAACAAGUCUCACUUCACCCUGAUCGGCAUGCUGCUCGGCCUGGCCCUGUACAACAAUGUCAUUCUGGAUAUCCACCUACCGUCAGUUGUCUACCGCAAGCUGAUGGGAAUUUCGGGCAGCUUCGACGAUCUCAAAGAUUCUCACCCGGGAAUUGCCUCUGGUCUCCAGCAGAUGCUUGACUACAGGGGUGAGGACUUUGUGGAGAUAUUCGACUGCACUUUCAACAUUGGCUAUCAAGAUGUGUUUGGUGAAUCCCUAGCGCACGACCUUGUACCAAAUGGCAGCGAGGUGAUGGUCACUGCGAGCAAUGUCAAGGAAUAUGUCACUCUUUAUACUGACUUCCUGCUCAACAAGAUGGUAGCUGAACAGUUUGACGCGUUCAAGAAGGGCUUCACCGUGGUAACACACAAGUCCAAUAUCAUUGAGUGGUUCUUGCCGGAUGAGCUGGAACUGCUCAUCUGUGGCCGAAAGACUUUGGAUUUUGAUGGCUUUGAGGCAAACGCGGCGUAUGAUGGUUACGACAAAGACACGGAAAUUAUCAGGCAUUUCUGGGAGAUAGUAAACUCAUUCAACGAGGAGAACAAGCGCAGGCUCCUAUCCUUUUGUACAGGCAGUGAUCGAGUGCCGAUUGGCGGUCUCAAGGCACUCAACUUCACCAUUGUGCGGAGUGGCCCUGACUCAGACAGACUGCCCUCGGCACAUACUUGCUUCAAUACCCUUCUCCUGCCCCAUUACAAGGACCGGGACACGCUGAGGACACGCCUGCUUAUUGCCAUCUCGCACGCCAAGGGAUUCGGUAUGGUCUAAUGCGUGUGAAUACACAUGAACGCUUGUACGUCUGUAGCUCCUUCAUGCGAGCUGUGCAUGUGAUAGUGCCUGUGCGUGUGCAGGGUAAACACAUCGCCCUGUCGUCACCAGUACUGCACUAGUGCCUGGUAGGUGAAGCUGAACACUGCCAGCUACUGCACUACGACUAUAUGCAUUGGUGUACACAGUGCUACGAUGAGCAGCGUAGCGACACCAGUGCAAGGCUGUAAGUGUCUGUACACAAUUGCAAGGCUGCGAGUGUCUGGUGUACUUUAGUACGUUGGGUGGUGGUGAUGGUGAGACGGUCUAAGCUUCCCGCGUGAUGUCACUCGGUUUAUUCCCAGUACAACUUAUUUAUGUGCACAUUCAUUCCGGUCACUCGGUGUGAUUGAGCCACCGCCAAAGUAUCUGUGUCUAGUUAUCGUAGCUGUAGUUUUUUCAUCACCUCGCAUCCUGCCCACCAGUUUAGUGUCAUCCGUGUGAUUUCAGAUGUUGUGCCAUCGGCGUCUUGUGGCUGAUGCUGGUGUUGUACUGUUACAUACUUAACGCGAGCGGUCUUUUCAUCAUCCACGUGUGCAGCGAUAGUCUAGUUUCGGGGUCUAGUCUGUCAUCAAGGUCACCCUUCGGUUAUUCUAAUCUUAUAUAAGUUCAGAAUUUGCGUGCUGUUUUGUUUGUUUGUUUUUGCUAUUUUUAACUCGCCCAAUGUUAUGACGUAUGAUAGUCUGAACAUAAACGGCAGAUUGCAUCAUUUUUAAUACUUUCGUAAUUGUCACCCAACCCGCUGGUUGUAAUUGCGUGCCGUUUCGCUGCUUGCUUGCUGUCUUGUUUUGCACAUGCCCGCGAUCCCAUCUAAGUACCUCCACCACCCUUGGCCUUGCUGUCUCUCUCCCCAGAUUGGCCUUGCUGUCUCUCUCCCCAGAUUGGACUGAUCAUGGUGGUGUGUGUGUGGCUGGUAGUUGGGUUCUGCUGUAUAUAUGUAUAUGUGUUGUUGUUGUUUUUUGAUUUGAAUUCUCGUUGUUGUUCUUGUUGUUGUUCUUGUUGCUGUUGUUCUUGUUCUUGCUCUUGUUCUUGUGUUGUGUUGGCGUGCGUGCGUGGGUCAUCCAGACCGAUCAAAAUACUAUAUUUCCAUUUUUUACUCGUCUAACUUAGUACCUUUCACUCACCAUGUGCCUCCUAAUGUUCGGGCAUUCUUUCUAUAUACGUUAUAUUUUCCCGAAAGCUGGCAUGGUUCGAGUGCCGGCCUAUUCGAAAUGGUAGUGCGCUGCUCUCUGGUCUGAACUGAUACUCUCACCCAUGACUGUUGCAUAGAACACUACACGUAUAUCCGUUUGCGGUGACUCCUGUCAGUCCUGACUGCUGGCUGGUGAUCAGCUGGUGCUGUACAUGUCCCGACGUGCAAUGCCCAUGCUUUGUGCCUGUGCAAACGCUGUGUAUCCGUGUAAACGGCAUUUCUACCUCCCACCUGUUUCAUUUCUGGUCUCUGACUCUCGGAAACUUGACACAUGAACAUUCCUGCUGAGCAAUGCUGCUGUCAUGACAUACUGAAAUGAAGAAUAACCAGGUGCCCAACUGUAA